AUGAAACCAGCCAUUUGUCUUUCGAUUCUCCUCGCUGCUGGAUUUGAUGUCGCAGCUGCCCGCCCAGCGAACCUGCACAUGAAGCGGAGCCAUGACCAUGGAAUGCAAACUCGAUCUCCAAUUUGGAAUGCAAAACUUGGCCGACGUGAAGUGCCGCAAGAACACUCGCACGAGAAAUUCCUUACCAUUGUCAACCAAUUCCUGAAGACAGACAACCCCGACAACAUCGUGGAUGCUGUAUUUGGUCUCCUCGGCAAUGCGGCCGCUUCUGCUGGACAGGGCGAUAUUUCCAACACAGAUUGUCUUCAACAAGCCACUGCUGACAGGGCUUUCACCAAUGCAAAAGCCGCUGGGGAUGUCGACGGUAUGACAGCUGCUUUGAUUUAUAGAGCUCUCGAACGCAAUACCGGAGCUGUCGGACAGGCUUCUGUUCCCUGCACCGCAAUCCAAGCUGUAAACCCGGAAAUCGCGGCCAUUUCGCAGCACCAGGAUCCAGCCUCUGACAAUGCUGCCACUGUUAAUAAAGACAUCGCUCUGGCACUCGCUGUUCAGAUUGCCAACAUCGGCGGUAACCCUCUUGAUGCCCUGCAGUCCGGCACUUUUGCUCCCGGCACGCUCGGUGAUCCGACUGCGAAGGGAAAUAGUUGCGACGAUCAAAACGACCCAGUCGGCUGUAUCUUCACGCAGAAUCUGCUUGUUGAGGAUGCCACUGAAGAUGAGGUCAACGCUGCUGUCGCUGCCUCGGCCACUGCUUCUGCAGGGACUGCCGCAGCUACUGACUCGGCGGCAGCAACAGAAUGCACCGCGCCCCCUGCCGCAGAAGAAACUACCGCGGUGGCCUCUACAGUGGCUGCUGUCGCUGCCACAACGACGUCGGCUGCGGCGGUUGCUACUUCGACCAGUACCGCAAGUCAGACAAUGAGCACUUCCACUUCAACCAGCAGUUCUUCCAGCCUGGAUUUGGGUUCCUGUGCAGACCCAACCAUCAUCUUCGCUAAUGGUCUCGACGGCCGCAAGGAGCCAUCUUUUGAGCCCAACGACAAGACAACAUUUACGCAUGGUUCCGCACUCAACAUCAAGGUCAUCACGGACUUUAUUUGCCAGCAACUCGACGUCAAAUGCAAAGCCUCCCAGCAAGCCCUAGACGCAUGCAGUCAGGGUGCCACCGCCGCGCAAGGGCAAACUGGCCAAGCGGCCGCCGAUGCAUUCAACCAGGCACUCGGCUUCUAG